UACGAGCCCGUGCGUGAACAGAGCGAAUAGGGUUAUUUUACUGUAGGUCGUGCACAGGGAGAUUCUCUUUCCGGGGUUCCGUCAUAGUCUGCUCCUUUAGAUUCGUGAUUGGGUUGUGGGAUUCGCCGCCUAUACAUCCGCCUCUCGCUAUCUCGUCUUUGACGCCUUUCAGUAUUCAUGUGCAUUCUCAUUAUCCUCGUACUCCUCAUCUUGCAGCCACAUACCCCGCAGUUGAACCCAGGCUGUUUUCUUUCACACGCAUAUCAAGCGCUGGCAUACUAUCCCAAAGGACCGGCUUCCGAUGUCUUCCUCAAGUUCCUGUACGCUAUCUCGAAGGUCAAGCAUGAGCGGGUUUGGUGAAGAAUCUGCGGACGAAACAACCCAGUUACUGCCAAAGCCAGCAAAACCCGAACCGGAGAAGAACAGUAAAAUAUUUAGACUAUGGCAGGUUGGAGCACUUAUCGGAAUCCUCUUGGCAUACGCGGAUACCUCUCUUGUUUGGGCAACUCAUGAGACGAUAGCAUCGCGAUUUAAUAGCCUCCAGAACUCAUCAUGGAUGAUGACGAGUUUCACGAUGGGGUAUUGCGUAACUCUGCCGCUGUAUGGACGAUUAAGUGAUAGUUAUGGUAGCUUACGCCCUCUACUGGUGGCGUACUGUACAUUUUGUAUUGGUAGCACACUCUGCGGAAUUGGUCAAACUUACUGGCAAGUGAUUUUGGGCAGGGUUGUUGCCGGCUGCGGGGCAUCGGGGAUGGUCUCUCUGGCUUCUAUUAUCAUUACAGAGCUCGCUGACUCUUCGGAUGUCGCGGUUUUACGAAGUUACGUCAACAUAGCCUCAACAAUUGGACUCUCAGGGGGUGGUCCGCUUGGCGGUUUUCUCGCUGGAGCAAUUGGAUGGAGAUGGUUAUUUCUCGGCCAAGUCCCAAUCGCAGCUGCAUCUUGUUUGCUUAUGGCAAAGAGUUUCGAAGUUAUGUGUCCAAAAGUAGAACAGGAAGAGGAACCGCAACGAGAAGAACCUGUCCUGGCCUUCGAUUUCCCGGGGGCGAUUACUAUUGCCAUAUCGAUAUCCUCGCUUUUGGCAGUAAUUGAUUUACAGGGCUCGCUAUCUUGGUCGCAUCCUCUUGUUCAGAGUUUGAUUGUUAUUGGCGCAAUCUCCACAUUAGCGUUUCUUGUCUUCGAGACCUUUCCCGGUAACAGGGAGCUCUUGAUGCCUUUAAAGCUUUUGAAAACCGAGAUUGGUGCAUUUUGUGCUGGACAGUUACUUAUCGUUGCGAGUGGUUAUGGGUUCGUUUCUCAAAUAGCACCUUACUUUGCAAAUACUCGAGGAGCUUCAGAUGCGGAAGGUGGGGGGCGUACAGCUCCUUUCAGUAUCGGAAAUGCAAUCGGCGCUCUGCUCGCAGGACAAAUAAUCAAAAGAUUUGGAACAUACAAAAAGCUUUCUAUUAUCUCGCUGUUCUUCUGUAUCGCCAAUUCGGUGGCUAUCCUUAUCCGAUGGCCUCAUACUAUUGGCGUCUGGGAGGGAAUCAUGACUACUUUCCCAUUCGGUCUCUUUGGUGGCAUAGCCCUCUCCGCACAGUUCAUCGGCUUGUACCAGUGUUCUUCGAAGCAAUAUAUGGCCACAGCCAUCAGCAUGUACUAUAUGAGUCAACAAAUCGGUGUCGCUCUGGGCAUAAGCAUUAGCUCGGGGCUUCUGAAGCACCAGUUCCACGCCACCUUACAGAAAAUAAUGACCGAAGUGCCAGGAUAUACAAAGGAUCAAAUUAUUCAGAGAAUCUUGGAUGAUUCUUCUGUCGUGGCACUGCUACCUGAGGCAGUCCAGUCACUCAUACGCCAGGGUUAUCUUGCAAGUUUCUGGGUCGUACCAGUCUUUGCUGUGUCAACACAGGCACUCACCAUUCUCCCUAUGAUUUCUACGACGGAGAAGUAUUCAUACUGACUGUAAGAUUAUUUCUGGUGGGCACUGCGUAUUUGUAUCUUGGGAAAAUUAAUGGACGAUGUAACAUUUACGGCCAGUACAAUGUGCCUCGUGUUUAGUUUGGGGGACUCUUGUUUAUGUGUGAAAACUGUGGCAGUACGGCGCUAAAUAGAAUGGAUUUUUUUUUUGGAAUGAUGAUGUUUUCGAAGCUUUUGUGCGCGGUUAGAAUAGCUUGGAUAGAUAAUGGAGUACAUGUACCGAUG